AGUCCCGGCCAGUGCCUCUGCUUCCGGCUCGAGUUCUCUCUGCUCUGACAUACGCUUCGCCAUGUCCGAGACCGCGCCUGCCGCGCCCGCCGCACCGGCCCCCGCCGAGAAGACACCCGUAAAGAAGAAGGCACGGAAGGCCGCAGGUGGCGCGAAGCGCAAGGCGUCCGGACCCCCGGUGUCCGAGCUCAUCACCAAGGCUGUAGCCGCCUCCAAGGAGCGCAGCGGCGUGUCCCUGGCCGCGCUCAAGAAGGCGCUGGCGGCCGCCGGCUACGACGUGGAGAAGAACAACAGCCGCAUCAAGCUGGGGCUCAAGAGCCUGGUGAGCAAGGGCACCCUGGUGCAGACCAAGGGCACCGGCGCCUCCGGCUCCUUCAAGCUCAACAAGAAGGCGGCUUCCGGCGAGGCCAAGCCCAAAGCCAAGAAGGCAGGCGCGGCCAAGGCCAAGAAGCCCGCGGGCGCAGCCAAGAAGCCCAAGAAGGCUGCGGGAACAGCCACUCCCAAGAAGAGCACCAAGAAGACCCCAAAGAAGGCGAAGAAGCCAGCUGCAGCUGCAGGAGCCAAAAAAGCUAAGAGCCCGAAGAAGGCGAAAGCAGCUAAGCCCAAGAAGGCGCCCAAGAGCCCUGCCAAGGCGAAAGCGGUGAAGCCUAAGGCGGCCAAGCCAAAAACCGCCAAGCCUAAGGCAGCUAAGCCAAAGAAAACCGCAGCCAAGAAGAAAUAAAUUUUCUUUGGCCGACUGCUUAGAAGCCCAACAAC